CAGAAUCAACGGACAAGAAGAGCGUAACGGACCGACGAAGAUGACGCUCACGACCUACGACACGUCGGACUCCUCCAACCUCGCCGCCCUGAACCUGUCACGCCUGCUGGCACGGUUAGAGUACAACCUCCUCUCCUCCGCGGCGGACUUGAGGCCACUCCGACGAUCAGAUCAUCAGCGCAAGAGAGUAGGGGCGAACAUAGACUACGCCCGCACCACCCUCCAGAACCUCGAACGCACCCUGCCUCAAAUAAAGCCUCUCGACCGCCGACAAAGCCUCCAAAGCGACCUUGCGCAGCAACGACUCGUCCUCAACCGCCUCCAGGACGUCCUAGACCAGCUCACCGCCGAAGCGGAGACCAGCCGGAGAAGAAAGCAACACCAACCCGUCGCAUUCAGCAACAGCCCCGCAGCCCACGACGAAGCAACCGAAGAUGAUUCGGACUCGGACUCCGAUCCCCUCGACGGGGACGACCUCCUCGGAACCCCGGACGAAGGCAGCACGACCGAUGAAGUUGCCGACGAAGACACGCGCGACGCCGUCCCGGAUGACCUCAACGACGAUAACACGGCGAUAACAAGCCAAGAUGACGAACAACACCAACCACAGCCGCAAUCACCACAGCCAUCACUACCAUCAACCUCAACCCCAUCCGCGACGCAGCACACGCCGACAACCAAAGAGAAAGAUUCAGAUUCGCCAUUACCGACGACAGCAGCGACGGCAACAACCCAACCCCCACUCCCACCCCAGCCACAAUCAACAACCACCGUUCCGCAAACCACCUCGACCCUCCGCAACCGAUCCAACGCAGCACCCACCUCCACCACCGCAAAACCACUAACAGCAACGGGAUCUUCCCUUCACCACCACCAUGCACCCCAGCAUCCCUCAACAUCUACAUCAUUCACCACCCCACCCACGAAUCCCCACUCAACAGAGGAAGCCCUCGUCUCCGACCGCGCAGAGCAAGAGGACCUCACGAGCUCGCUCCUCUCGCUGGCCUCGCAGCUGAAAUCCUCCUCGCAAGCCUUCCACGCCUCCCUUGACGCAGAGAAAUCGGUGCUGGCGCGCGCGGCCGACGGGCUCGACCGCACAACGGGUAACAUGGAGGCGGCGGAGCGGCGUAUGGGGAUGCUGCGCCGCAUGACCGAGGGGAAGGGCUGGUGGGGCCGGAUGAUGCUGUAUGCCUGGAUCUUCGGGCUGUGGAUCGUGGCCAUCCUGAUUGUCUUCGUAGGCCCGAAGUUGAGGUUUUAGGUCUUUCCCUCUCUCUCUCUCUCUCUCUCUCUCUCCCCGUCAUUCAUUCAUUCAUUCACCGGAGGCAAAUCAACGCGUGGAUGUUUUUGCAUAGAAUGGGGUUUUCUGAUGCUAUGUCUGAAGGGCCCUUAGCUUGAGGAAGGAGAUCCUAUUGCUCCCCGGAAUGUUCUACACGUAUACCAAUGGAUCCA